UGUGAUUAAAUAGACUACCACCACUAUUAAUACUACUAACACUGUUACAUUAUUCUUUAUAAAAAUUUUUUCGUAAGUACUCGUUAUUAGUUGUUUUUAUUUAGUAAGAGGAUAUAUUUAAUAAUUAUUCAAACGUGGAGGUUUAAGUGAAAAAAUAAGUUACGUAUGAUUUUAGUAAAAGCAAAAAAAUUAGUCGACGAGGAUGGGAUUCGAACCCACGCGUGCAGAGCACAUUGGAUUAGCAGUCCAACGCCUUAACCUCUCGGCCACCUCGUCCGCUGAUUCACGGAGCGAACUGUUCUUGGAACAGGGGUGGCCACCCUCGACUAAUAAAAAUUAAUACUUCUUCAUAGCAUCGUUCAAAAAAAGAAUAAAAAACUUUCUGAUCGAAUUAUACUGUCCGAAAAAAUUCUCAACAAUUUUAAUAAAAAUUAAACCAAAAACUAUAAAACUACGCCUUUGCUACGUACACGGACAUUCCCGUCGUUCAAUUGACAUCUACUUUAAUUACAAAUUACUUCAGUAUAAUUACUAUUGUCACCCAGCAACUAAAACAAAAUUCCUCAAGACCAAGUCUCCAACAUUCAGUUGGAUUCAGUCGUUCAUCUCGUCAACUGGAUUCGUCAAUCUCAGGUCCCCUCCAGGUCCCUAAAAUCAUCGAGGAAUCAGCAAAAUGCGUGAAGUACUCUCAGUUCACAUUGGCCAAGGCGGCGUUCAAAUGGGAAACGCUUGCUGGGAGUUAUACUGUCUGGAACAUGGCAUACAACCCGACGGCAUGCUACCACCUCAAGGAUGCACCAACGACGAAGGGUUUCAAACCUUCUUCAGUGAAACGGGUGGCGGAAAAUACGUUCCUCGUGCCGUGUUUUUGGACCUCGAACCCACGGUCAUAGACGAAGUACGAACGGGAACCUACCAUCAGCUCUUCCACCCGGAGCAACUGAUCUCUGGCAAGGAAGACGCUGCGAACAAUUACGCCAGGGGUCACUACACCCUAGGCAAGGAGAUAAUCGACCUCGUGCUGGACAGGAUCCGCAAGAUCGCUGACAUGUGCAGCGGUCUGCAAGGAGUCCUCAUCUUCCACGCCUUCGGUGGUGGCACCGGAUCAGGAUUCACCAGUUUGCUGAUGGAGCGCCUCUCCAUGGACUACGGGAAGAAGGCGAAGCUCGAAUUCGCGAUAUACCCCUCCCCACAGAUCUCCACCGCGGGGGUGGAACCCUACAACGCGAUCCUGACCACGCACACCACCCUGGAGCACUCCGACUGCGCGUUCCUGGUAGAUAACGAAGCCAUCUACGACAUCUGCAGGCGGAACCUGGACAUAGAGAGGCCAACGUACACGAACCUGAACCGACUGAUCGGUCAGAUCGUCUCCUCCAUCACAGCUUCCUUGAGGUUCGACGGGGCCCUCAACGUCGACCUGACGGAGUUCCAGACGAACCUGGUCCCCUAUCCAAGGAUCCACUUCCCACUGGCGACGUACGCGCCAAUAGUCUCCAUCGAAAAGGCUUACCACGAGCAGCUCACCGUCAUGGAGCUGACGUCAUCCUGCUUCGAGCCCGCCAUGCAGAUGGUCAAGUGCAAUCCCCAGAGGGGGAAGUACAUGGCGUGUUGCCUGCUCUACAGGGGCGACGUGGUGCCCAAAGACGUGAACGCGUCCAUCGCCACGAUCAAGACAAAGAGGGCCAUUCAGUUCGUCGACUGGUGCCCUACUGGGUUCAAGGUGGGUAUCAACUAUCAGCCACCAACCGUAGUACCAGGUGGGGAUCUUGCCAAAGUGCAGCGCGCCAUGGCGAUGCUUGCAAACACAACUGCAAUUGCAGAGGCGUGGACACGGUUGAACAGAAAAUUCGAUCUGAUGUUUGGCAAAAAAGCAUUCGUCCACUGGUACGUUGCGGAGAGUAUGGAUGAGAGCGAAUUCGAGGAGGCGAGGGAAGACUUGGCUGCCUUAGAAAAAGACUACGAAGAAGUUGGCAUGGACUCGACGGACGCUGGAGAGGGUGAAGAUGAAAAUUAGACGAAUCAGAUUUCUUUAACGGAACUUUUUUCCGUUAUCGGACUGGUCCGACUGAAGCAACGAAUUCUUUUCGUAUUGCCGUGUACAAUGAUUUCGUUCGUUUUCUUUGUAUUCGUCCUGUACAUCGUUUUAAUAGGUAAUCUUGUUUUUAGCGUACUUGUACAUCUAUUUUUAUACUGCGAAUAAAGCUUUACUUUUAAUCUGGUCCUAUCAUUUCAAUUUAAUACUGUCACUUGCCAGCUCAUAUUAAAGAUGUUUGCAUCAAAAGUUCCCACGUCAAUGUGAAUCCACGAUAAUAGAAUUGUCUAAAAUUAAUUAUGUAUAUUCUGUUCGUCGUCGAAGAGUUCUUUCAGGUUUCCAGGAAAAAGAAGAAGAAGAAGAAGGAUCGAUCUUCAACAGACGACGAUGUCCGUAGAUAUUACAGGCUUUUUAUUGUGUAGAACAGCACACGGCCGCACGAAUUAUAUUACAUAUGUAUAAAUUUGUAUCGGCAUCUUUACAGUUAGGUUCAUGGAGAGAACUCUUAUCGCACAUAGACUUCUUUCGCAUCUCAGGGCACGGGGUGGGGGAGGGGAUACAAGGUGACGUAUCUUUUUUCUUUUUUUUUUUUUUACCGUGACGUAAUAAACAGCACACACUCGAUGAUAUGACGAGGUGCGCGCGCAGACUUUCGUACACUUCCGAAUCGUGCACACUCCCAAGUGUUCUUGUGCGUAUCACGUCGAAAGACACAAAAAGAAACUCGUAAAACAAACAAAAAAAAAGAAAAAACGCAUAAAGACUUAGAGGUUAGAGUCACCUCGCGUGACAAUCGAAAAAAAGAAACGAAAUCUCGGAUUCUGACCGUAGAGAUCUAUAUAAUAUCUCUACGAAUCUGACCGCGCAGAGGUUGAGGAGGCACGUGCGCCCGCAUGUGCCGCGAGUUGGCGCAGUCGAGCGCAUGUGCCUUUGGUGGCGUUGGCUGUUCGAUCUGCGCGCGGUCUGGAAUGGAAACGGUCACGUAAGAGGGUUUGGCGGGGGUGGUAGAAGAACAGCGAUAGUGACGAACGUAAGAACAUUAAUCAAUCGGUACACAUCGAUACACGGUAAUGCUGACACGACGACGACAAUGACAUCCGGUUGACAUCAACGAGAGCGUCUGUAUUAUCGUUGGGAUACCUUCUCGAGGUCAUCCAACGUGUCCUAACGUUUCCGGGCAGCGUUCAUCGUUUCUUUCGCAGAAAUAUUUUCCCUUUCUACUUGUAUCUGAAUCUGAACCUUUCCGUUUCCAUUUAGUUUUGUCGUUGUAGUUUUUUAGUUCGCAAAUUAAUCAGGGCCAACUGAUCGAAUCGCGGGAAUUUCGCUUUGACACCUCUCAUCGACGCCGAACGCGAUUUACAAUUAUAGUUCUAUCGUUAAUAGCGUAUCUAAUAAAAAGAUUUCUCCAUGCGCGUGUCUCGUCCGACACGCGCGAUAAUUUUCUUCAAAUUAUUCUUUCAUUAAAACUUUGUAUCUUUAUAAAAUUUCUUCUCUUCUACUUCUCUUUCUCUCUCGCUCUCUCUUUCUCUCGCACACAAAUCAACACGCUUCCUCAUCUCAUCAUUUCUUUUUUGGAUUGGCAGGCGAGUUAAAGCUGCCGCUCGCUGGACUAGAGAUUUUACUACUUGCUUUAUUGCGCAUCCGUUAUUCGAGAAGGACCAUUCUAUUACUCUUUCUCUUUCUCUAUCUCGCUUUGUCGCUUCGCUCUCGCGUCUCCGGGUACGGUUAGGAACACCACGAUCCCAAUCUUCAGACUCGACGAUCUCGUUCUUUUGAGGGAUUUUCUAAACACUCUUUUUUUUUUCUCUCUCUCUCUCUCGCUCUCGCUCUUUCACUCAUUCUCUCUACAUCUCGCUUUCUCCAGUAACACCCGACCAUUUCUUCGCCCAGCGAAGAGCCUCCUUGUAUGGAUAACUCGUUCGCUGGAGAAGAACUGGUCGACGAUAUUGCUGGGCUCUUUUAUGUUUGGAACCAUAUCGCUGGAAACGAGCUACGAGCAACUUGCAUCAAGUUCCUCGCUGACUUGCCAUUUCUUUAGUCACUUUUGUGAAACCAGAAGGAAAUAAGUAUCGAUCACGAACCAAACUUUGUGAAGAAGUGAAUUUCUAGAGUGAUAUUAGUCAUCCGCAAAGUUACACAACUUUUUCUAUAUUUUGAGCAGGUUUGGCAGUUUUAGGCACAGUCUUGCUAUGAUAUCUGCAAAGAUCUCAGAAUCAGUGAUGCUACGAUCUAGGUUUUUCAAUGCUUAGGAACAAACAUGGUAACUGUUCUCAAAAAUCCUUCAGUCUGAUUCGUUGUGAAUAGCUAAAAUUGUAAAAACUAUCUAAAUUUAUUAUUCGUAACUUCAAGGUUCCGUGGAUUUUAAUAAUUCGAGAACAGUUAUGGACUGCUCUGCAAGCUUCUAUAUACGCAGUAGUCUGUGCAUCAAUUAUAUUAACCACUGAAUCACUCAAUAAAGCCGGACAAAUAAUUCUAACCUUUCCCUGAACACCGUUACCGUCCAAAUUUCUCACCAAAAGCAUCGACAAGCAGCAAGUUACAGAUCACGCAACCCAGCGUUCGCGAUUGGACAUUGCUAGGUAGACCCUGACUACUGGUCACCUUGGAUACUGGAAUCACAGUUGCUCGUUGACCCGUUUGAACACGCUGAACGCCUCUGACGAGGCUCGACGGAGUUGAGGCGUAGUAUAGGGACCGUCAGAGCUGACGUCAGAAGACCUCAGCCCAGGGCGAUCUUCGUCGAU